AUGGCCUCUUCCCCGCCCACCGCCCCAUUGACCCCACGAACAUGGACGAGAGACAAAAGCCCAUACUUCAUCUCAAACGACCCGAGGUUGAUCUCAGUCAAAGCAGUCAAUGAGGCGUUUGGCAAAGAUUUCCUUUAUUGGACCAAGCCAUUUCCUGAAGAUGUUCUACACCAAAUGCUUCAUGGCUCUAUGAGCUUUGGAGUGUAUAAGCGGCUUCAUCCAGAGCAAUCCGAGACAGAACCUCAGACUCUGACCACGGAAAAUACAGAGCAGAUCGGUCUUGCGCGGAUGAUUACAGAUGGGAUCUCCUUUGGUUAUCUCUCGGACACUUAUGUUCUCCCCCAGUAUCAGGGAGACGGACUGGGAAGGUGGCUUAUCGAGUGUGUUGCAGAAGUCUUUUCACUGGAAAGCAUGCCUUAUCUACGCCGAAUCAUGCUACUCACAAGUGGGCAGCGACUCGAAGAGUUCUACGGUCAGACAUUGGGAGUAAAGGUGAUCGGGCACGAGCCACGACCAGAUAUUGGGAAAGAUCUGGUUUUUAUGAAUGCGAAACCCAUUGCGGAAAACACUGCUCAGCCAGCAUCUGAUUGA